AUGACAUAUCAGUACUUAACGGUGGAGAUGGUGAACAAAGCCAAGACUAACGGUGGAUUUAUAGACCAGAAAAUGUUCAAAACGGCUGGAAAAUUUGUUUUCGAUUCUCUUUACCUGACUGAGACGAGCAUGCAAGUGUUGGAUGGCUACAUCAACCAAAUUCGCCCCCUACUCAUACCGACCUGCGACUUUGUAUUGGUGACAAGAAAUGGAGGGUAGCACAACAAGCUGGGAGAGCUAAUGAGUAAACUGGUCUUCGAUGCAACGGGCAAAUACGUUCACCCGACUCGCUAUCGACAGAUUGUGGAGACCGCGAGUUACAGGCAGCUGAGCAGCAGCGCACAGAGCACAAUUUCCAAGGACCAGAAACAUAGCUCUGUUGUAGCAAGGGUUCACUAUCAGAAGCAGCGAUCGCGUGAGGUGGCGAGCAAAGCACAUGAAUAUUUGGAACGAUUGCACGGGAAAAAGGGAUCAGAGCUAGAAAUAGACGUGUGCUCGAGGCUUUCAAUUCUGAAGAUCAAAAUGGUAGCAAAACCGAUACUUCCUCCAGCGGCGAGGGAGAAACGAUCACAGAAACACCACCCAAGCGUCUUUCAGGUGUCCCGAGACUAAAGCGAGAAAAUGCGUUUAUAGUGACAGAUUUCCCGGCAAGAAAAAAGAGUUUGAUGUUCACCCUUGAAGAAGACAAUUAUCUAAAAGCAGGCAUUGAGCGACACAGCUACGGUCAAUGGAAAGCGAUUCUCAGAGAUCCCGAAUUUCGUUUUCAAGAGGGAAGGACAGCCAACUCUCUGCUGAGCCGUGCA